AUGGCCUCAGUCGAGACAGAAUCCGCACCAGGACUGGCCGAGCCAACAUCGACUUUGUCGUCGUCGCCACUGGAUUCCGAGUCGGCUAGUUCAAGCGGGAGUGGGAGUGGGAGCGCCAGUGGCGCUGGUCAUGGGAACGAGGAUGAGGUCCCGAUGGAGUUGGAUGAAGGAUCUGAUAUCAAGGAAGAGGACAGGGCGGAUGCCGAAGAGGUUGAUGCGGAAGGGAUACCAGCUGCCAAUGAUGAAGGGAAGCGAGUCAAGGUGUAUGAACUACGAGACCAGUCCUGGUUCGACAGAGGGACGGGCCACUGUAAAGGCGUAUAUGACGAUUCGCAGGAUAUCGCCCUGAUCAUUGUGGAGCCAGAGGAGCACGGGGCCGACAAGGCGGAAGAGGACGGUCCGGGAGGGUUCCUGAAGGACGAGAUGCUCCUCACUACCAAGGUGGAGAAGGACGACAUCUACGCUCGACAGCAGGAUACCCUGAUCGUGUGGACAGAACCUACCACGAAUCUCGAUAUCGCGCUAUCGUUCCAGGAUGGCGAGGGGUGCGAGGAUAUCUGGCAGUUCAUCUGCGAAGUCCAGAAGCACCUCAACAACCUCCCAAGCGAUAACGAGCAACAGAUGGUGCCGUCUUCCUCGUCGCCUCUUACGGCGUCACCAAUGCUGCCUCAGUCUUCGGGGGCGGUCGGGGGCGAGCGGACGUUGUGGCAGGUUCCUACGCUUGGCAAUAUACGUGAACACCUUCAGCUGCUUCGGAUGCAGUCGAGAUCGCCACCGGCGAGGGAACGAGCUGUGGAGCAUAUCCUGGCAGAGGACUACAUCAAGCAGCUCAUUGCUGUGUUUGAUCAAGCGGAGGAUCUAGAGUCGGUCGAGGACUUGCAUACUCUCUGUACCCUCAUGCAAGCGAUCAUCAUGUUCAACGACAACGGUAUCCUCGAAUAUAUCCUCCAGGACGAUGUCUUCCAAGGCGUCAUCGGGAUGCUCGAAUACGAUCCCGAAUUCCCUUCCCUCAAAGCCUCCUUCCGCCAAUUCUUCCGGGAAAUCUCGCGCUUCCGCCAAGUCGUCGAGAUCCGGGACGCCAACAUCCGCACCAAGAUCCACCAGACCUAUCGGCUUCAAUACCUCAAAGAGGUCGUCCUCGCUCGACUUCUGGACGAUCCUACCUUUGGCAUCCUGAACGGCUUCAUCUUUUUCAACCAGGUCGACAUUAUUGCGUACUUUCAAAACAACCCGACACUCAUGUACGAGAUCCUGGACGUCUACAAGGGGGCGGCACUGGAGGACGGGGCGAACGAGGAGAGGCAAAAGGAUACCGUGGCGUUCCUGCAUCAGUUGAUGCUUAUGGGCAAGACGACGCAGGUGCCCACGCGGCUCGCGCUGUAUCGGAACUUGAUGGGCAAGGGGCUCGGGUGUGCCCUCGCAUGGGCGCUGAGGCGGAAAGAGGCGCAGAUCCUUCAUGCAGGAGCGGAAAUGUUGACCUUGAUGUCGGAGCAUGAUGCGAAUGCUGUUCGGGCGGAUGUGCUCGAGGAUGUGGGCAAGGGGACGAGGUCGUUAGUGACAGAAAUGAUUGAGGUGAUGGGGUCGACGGCGAAUCUGGGCUUGUUGAGCCAGAUCUCGGAUACGUUCAAGACGUUACUCGAGACGCCGGCGGAAUCAGAGUCGUUCACCCAAAAGUCAGAUAACAGGGCCAACGAAAAGUUCCUCACGUACAUCUAUGAGCAGUGCUUUGACUCGCUCUUCAAGCCAUUGCUCAGUCUGCCGGACGUGCCAGAACCCCUCGAUCGCCCAAAAGCCGCACUCCUCGCUCAUCUAGUCGAACUCCUCUCUUUCAGCAUCAGCAUCCACGGGCACCGUGCUAGCUACUUUGUCAUGUCCAAUCCGAUCGCACGGAAAACCGUCGGACUGCUGCAUGUCAAGGAGAAACCUUUGCGUCAUGCCUCGCUCCGCUUCAUCAAGGCGUGUUUCCGGACCAACAAUCACUUUAUGAAUCGCCAUUUCGUCAAGUCGGAUCUCCUCGGCCCGAUGAUUUCCCUCAUGGAGGACGAGAGCAAGCGGGACAAUAUGCUCAGUUCGGCCUGUAUGGACAUUCUAGAGAUUAUACGAAAGGACUCCACCGCCAAACCCGUCGUCACCUACCUCUUUGAAACGCAUCGCGCGCGCCUCGAAGCAUUAUCUGACCGGCCCCUUUUCCGCGCUCCCAUACAAGGCCUGCAUGCCAAGUAUGAGCAAUACACCCAGCCGCCACCCGCACCGGUCGAGCCCGAGUCCAGUACGGCUGCUGGACCGAGCACGAAACUUGGACGCGAAAAGGAGGCGCAAGAGGAGGAAUACUUUAAUGCGUCAGACGAGGAGACGUCCCCUGUGGCAACGACGUCGACGACGACGUCAGGUCCGAUCACGUAUAAGCGGAAACGGGGGGCGGCGUUCUAUCAGACCGCGUCGGGAUCGGGGGGAUCGGCGGCAUCGGGGACGGGUACACCAACCACUCGGAAAGUCGGCGCGGGGAAAUCACCGGUAAAAUCCACAUCUGCAUUGGGGUUGGACUAUGAGGAUAACUCUGAUUCGGAGGGAUCGACAGGCGCUGCGUCUCCCCGGCUCGAGCCGGCGUCGGCGUCGGCGACGGAUGAGUCGGAAUUAGCGGAUGAUCUAGGGGACGUGGCGAUGAAGAUGCGGCAAAAGCGACAGAGGGAGGAAGACGACGAUGAGGGGUUUGCGGGACUGCUAGGGAAGGCGAGCGCGAUGGGUGGUGGGGGGCGAGCGACGGCGGUGGUGGACGAUGCAGGAGAGGCACCGAAAGAGGGCUGGUUGGCCUCAUUGAGGCUGAAAGAUAAGGAUCGGGAUAAGGAUAAGGAUAAAGCUGGGAGCGGGAAGGAGGAGGGUGGGAAGAAGAUCAGGUUGAAUCUGGGGAUGGGGAAGCGAUUAGGGGGGCUGUUAUCGCAGAAGAGUACGACGACAACGCCGACGGCGUCCCCUAGUUUAGAAGGAGAGAAGGAGGGCGGUGUGUAG